ACUCUGAGAUUUUCGCCGCUCGUCCUCCACCAUGGAAGGGUCUCAUGUAGCUAUGCAGAAGGAAGGGGAAACUAGUUCUCAUGAAAAACAAAAGAGGAAACUGAAGACUCCUGCGCAAGUUGAGGCACUAGAGGAACUUUACAAUGAGCACAAGUAUCCUAGUGAGGCAAUGAAAUUGGAAUUUGCUAAGAAAAUAGGUCUUUCUGAAAAGCAGGUUUCUGGAUGGUUCUGCCACAGAAGACUGAAAGAGAGGAAGAUUUUGCAAGGUGAAAUUUAUACAAAUGGAAAACAAAAUCUUUCUAGCAGUGGUAUACAUGAUCUCAUUAGUGGGAUUAAACAAGAAUCCUGUAGCAGUACCAAACAAGUGGAUAGAAACCUUGAUUCUAAAGAAGUAGAAAGUAAAAUGUAUUAUGCUUAUAAAUCUUCUUCUGAUGCACUUGCAUGUGAAGCUCACAAUAAACAUCCGCAUAUCGGAAAUAAUCAUGUGGCAGAAGAUAGAUCUUCAGGUGGUAAUUCAGCAUCUCAAGGCAGCCUUUUACAAAGUAAUGAGAACCUUUACGUUGCACAACCUUCUAGGUACAAACUUUGUGAUGAUAGUAGCUUGUUGAUGAGCAACAAAAACACUGUCAUAAAGAGCGAAGAUCAUCUGGUGAAUCCAAGGUAUUCAUUUUUGCAAGAUGAGACUGAUUCCCCAGCUAUUUCUGCACUUAAGUGGAACCUAGGAAGGCAUUAUCGUGAAGAUGGCCCUCUUCUUAGCUUUGAGUUUGACCCCCUUCCUCCUGGUGCAUUUGACUCACCAGUUCGGGAUUCAAAAUGUGAGCCCUACUAUGUUGGAGAUUCCAUGCAACACGACUCGUCUAGCUUCUAUAGGAGUAUCAAUGAGCAUAGGGUGUAUGAUAAAUACUAUGCUGAGAAGCUUGCCAGCGAGGCUUGUCAAGAACAAAGGAGCUCAAAAAGGACAAAGCCAGGAUUUAUUGAUUCCAAUGAGAUCACCAACUUAGGGUCAACACAGAAUGCCAUCCCCAAUCAUGUUCAAUAUCAGGCCAUUUCCAUAGACGAGACUGAGAAAUCUAUGAAUCGAACUUCUUGUUUCGAUGGCAGAAAUAAUUUGAGAUUUCUCAAUUCUAAAACAGAAUGGGGAUAUGGCUGUAAAGAUGGCUACAAUGUGCAACAAAAUUCUCAGAGCACUAAUAUAAAAAAUUAUUUUCCUUGCCCCAACUACGAUACUGAAGUGUUCCAGGGUGAAUACUUUGAUACUAAGCCCUUCGUAGCAGCACCAAAGAAAUAUGACUCUAUUAGCUCAGAAUGCUGGCAUCAGCCUCAAAAAAUUCUGAAGGAUAAUACCAGAAACGAGAACACUAAAAGAAAUCACUCUGCAAUUCAACCAGACAUGUUUAUAAAAAGCAGAAAUAACAGAAUUGAGAAAGUGAAUGGCAUAGGACUGUGGAAGCAACAGUGUCCUGUUAAAGGUCUAGAGAAGCCUGCACGUCAAGUACCAUUGAUAAGGCAUCAUUUGGACGUGGACUCCAAUCUCCAUCAAGAUGUGUCAGGGGACACCUCCUUAUCCUUGGACUAAAAGAAUGGAUAUUCCCAUCGAGUUUUUGGGUGAAAUUUUAAUCCAAAGGUGUGUACAGAGAUGCAUGGACGUGAUCAAAGCCUUAAAUGCUCACAUAUUUCAUUGCAUCAACAACCUAACAAUUAACCAGAGAUAUCUUCUCCAAAUUUAUGCUGCGUUUGGAUGGUUGCAGCCACUCGUGUAUAGAGCUUAUGUUUGUAUAGUUUGCUAGCCUCUCUCUCUCUCUCUCUCUCUCUCUCUCUCUCUCUCUCUCUCUCUCAUCCUUUUGUAUAUGCUCCUGUUAUCAUAUGUGUAAAUGCACAUAUUUGCCUUAUUAACUCGUUGAAGUUUGGGUACUUGAAGUUUUGUGAAGGAGGCCCUAACGUUUUGGCUCCUGUAAAAUGCUUAGAUGUGUCUCAAAAUUUGAAUUUCUGAAUACGACCUUGUAUAAUUUAUUAAUUUGUCCAGCAAUGUGAAAAGCUGUGCAAUUUUAAGGAAGAAAUUCUUUGGUGA